CACAGCACACCUCCCCUGGUAGUUCCGCCCAAUUGGUAACCAUCCAUCGAGACGCCGUCUUGUCAGGCAGAAAUCGCGAUCACGAUGACCGAAGCCGUGCAAACCCACCAGAUAGCCCUCAUGUCAGCCACUGGUCUAAUCUACCGCACUGUAUCGAGCGAGAAGGCUCGCGACUGUACACCAGACGAAAUCCCGAUUAUAGACGUCGCAAGAUUAUGGGGAAGCCUGGAGGACCGGAAAGAGUUGGCACGCGAGGUUCUCCAUGCCUGCGAAAACACUGGAUUCUUUUAUAUCAAGAACCACGGCAUCACCAACUCGUCUAUUACCAAGGUCCUUGACAGGUCGAAAGAAUUCUUCUACCAGCCAGAAGAGCUCAGGCAGAAGGCAUCCAGAAGACACGCCAAACACUUGGGUGGCUACCUGGGGCGUGCCGACAGAGCAGGAGGCUCACCGACGGGCAAAAUCAAUACAAAAGAAGUUUUUGUGAUGAAAUACGAUCCCAAGUUCGACCCAACAGUCGAGGACUUCACUAAAAUCCCCGAAGAAGUAAACGAAGGGUUACAUGCCGAGGAAUUCUACUGGCAGGCGACACAGCACAUAGAUGGAUUCCAGGACGCACUGGUUGGUCAUUGGAGAAGCUGUUUGGACUUGGCUAGACGUCUCAUAAAGAUCUUCGCCAUUGCUCUAGAGCUGCCCGAGAACUACUUCGAACAUCUGGUAACAUAUCCGGGUGCUGACUUGGGAGUGGGCUUGUACCCUGGCUGGCCUGAAGGUAUGGUCGCCAAAGAAGCAGAGAUGGGACUCAAUGCACAUACUGAUGUGCAGUGCUUCACACUGCUCUGGCAGGAUAACCACGGCGGUUUAGAGGUACUCAACCGUGAAAGUCAGUGGGUCAGGGUGAAGCCAAUGGACGACACGUUGGUGGUUAAUAUCGGGGACUUCCUUAUGCGUCUGACAAACAACCGUUUUCAGUCAACUAUUCACCAGGUCGUUCCCCAUGACAGUCCCGAAGACAGGAUGUCUGUUGCCUUCUUCUUCGGUUUCAACUUUAACGAACAGUGUAGCGUGGUUCCCACAUGUAUCACGCCGGAGAACCCUAAAAGAUAUGAGCCAGUGGUUUGCGGUGAUUAUGUUCAGCAACGACUGGAAGCAGCCGAAUCCUUCAAGGUGCCCAUGAAGGGGUAAUAACUGGUUAUGCCACACCACUACAACUAUGGACGAGAUGAACUCCAACCAAGGCCAAUAUUUGAAAUGAUAAACUUGUGGCAUUUAUUUUCAGGACUAGUGUUGGAGCCAGGCUUGGGGAUCAUAGUAUCAGAGCUGAAAACUGGGCAUGUUGCGACCUUUGUAUAUGUGAAUCUCGACCC